AUAUGUUGACUUUGGUGGCAUCUUUAUUUCAUGUUUUAAUAUAUUCAGGGGUAUCGGAGGCAACACGACUUAAGAAUAAACACUGGCUAAUCUAUCACACUAUUAUAUUUGAUACCCUCGCAGUUAAGAAUCACAAUCAGAGAUUUCAUCCACAGGAACUAAAUGCUCAACCUAGAACACACUUUGACCAUAAGCACAAAUACAAUCCCAUAGACCUGGUCCAAUCCACCUAGUCCAUCUAAUAUUUUAAUGUCAGGUGUCAUUUUGUUUUCUCAAGGUAAUGCAGUUCAUCAGCUAUCAUCGGGAUCCCUUACAUCAUUCAGUACACUACAAGUACUUGUGAUUCACAGGCCUUAAAAAAAAGAUAAAACUAAAAGUCGCUCCUGGAAAAACGCAAAGUGUUCUCUGCAUCCUCCUCUGGCAACUCUAGUGUUGAUUCGUUUUUGUUACGUGGUUCGACACCUAAUUACACAAAGUUUUAUGACUUCUGCAUAGUGCCAGUGCUGCUAGGGGAUAGAUGCCUUACAAGACGUGUGUGUGGGUGGCCCCGUUUAGUGUUGCCACCGGCAGCAGGGGGACCAAAGGGGUUACUGUUUCAGCACAUGGCCUAUAUUUAACUAAGCAAGGGGGUUUUUGAUCUUAAAGUCACACUGGCUCAUUCAGCUAUAGCCACUGGCACGGACCACCUUAAGGAUGAUUUUGUUUUCUUUCCUAAAUCUAUAACAAUCUUUUUAUGAUACAGUCAACAUCUAACAACUUCUUAGUUGAAGUACACAAACAGCAAACUCUAGAUCCAGUGAGACCUACCGACUCUCACUGCUCCUCUCUCUAGCUCUACUCCCCUCUUUUCAUUCCCCACUCAGUCUAUUUCUGUCCCUGGCUGAGUCAGAUGGACUGCUCCCAACUUGGAAUGACACAAACAGGCACACAACUCUUUUUCGAAAUCGGAGUGGUUGAAAACACCUAGAGGACUCUAAAAUACACAGAAAAACAACAUUGGGGACUACAAAGGGAAGAGCUGGAGGAUACAAGCAAGAUGGAGGAGUUUGAGAGUCUGGACUCGGAGGUGACAGAGUUACAGAGUGAGGCUUCAGAGGCCAUCAGCCAGGACGAUGACGACGAGGUGGAAGAACUGCAAAACAGUCUGCGAGAGGUUGUCCAGGACCAGUCUGUGAAGCCUAAGUUCCAGUGCCUGAUGGUGGAUCCAUCGUUCUCCAUGGUAACUGUUCAGAGCGAGGACAGUGGUAUUGUUUGGGAGACGGCCUCUAGCCGCUGCUCUACCCCUUGGGCCUCUGAAACCAGCUCCAUCUCUGAAGCCUACAGCAUGGAUGGCUCUGGAGCUGCAGGAAAGAUCACCAUCAUCUUUGAUGAGGAAAAAAUAGUCCGUAGGAGGACGAGGUCUGGAAGGAGCAGCAGGCUCGGGGACAGGCUGAGCCGACCUGGUAGUUCAAGAUCAGCUUCAGCCCUGGGAGUAGAGAGACCUGAGAUGGCGGAGAUUUCUCUUCCCAAUGUCAAACAGGAGAAAACCAACACAGAGCCAGACUUGGAGGAAAUCAAAAACAAAGAUCAGCAGCUGUUUAGUUUGAUUUCCGAGGGUUAUGAGAUUCUCAACAUCAGAGUCCCCUCCAAACUUCCCACUGUGGACGAGGAAGAGAGCACAGAGUUGCAGGACAAUUUGUCUUAUUUGGACCAGACUCCGAAGAUCAGGUCCCAAAACAGAAAAGACUGGACACUGCAAGAAAAUCAUGCCCUGCCACAGGAGGGGGAAUUACUGGAUCACCAAGAGUCGUCAAAGCAAGACUCCUCUCAGCCAUCAGCGGACACACAGCUCAGACACACACCCACUCAGAAAGAGAGCACUGGCGACAUAGACUACUUUGAAAAGUUUACCUUGGUUGAUGUGGCGGUUCCUGGAGAACAAGCUCCAGAGCUGCAGGAGGAAGCAGAACAGCCACAGGCAAAGCCCACAGUUGAGGAGCAAAAGCCAGCUAAGGAGGCCAUCACAGACAGCCCCUCUGCGUCAGAAGACUCCUUUGUCUUUGUUACGGAUGUGGAGAUAAUGGGGGAACACCUUGAUGAGGUCUUCUACGGCGAAGGAGCUCCUGCUGAUGCAUUGCAGCAGAGAGAAGACGAUGAGGCGGAGAGUGUGAUGAGAAGGAGACGAGUGAGCCACAGAUCUUUAAAGGAGAAUGGUUCAGUGUUGUUUGGGGGUGAAGACACCGUCCUCACACCCAUUUUUCUCUCGCCUGGACCCCCCAAGAUCAUUGACCAGAUCCUGCUGGAUGAGCCUACUGCCAUGUCCUUCAUGUACUCAGACCUUUACGAAGAUGCUGUAGGCGAGAGGAGGAAGAGCGACGAGGAACACUCUGAGGCAGAGAGCGUAGCAUCUGAGAAGACUUAUAAGAGACGUUUUUCAGAUUCAGAGGAGGCAGACGGGUACCUGGAGAAGUUUAUUUUGAAGGAUGAAACUCCCACAGUGGAAGUUCUACCAGAGUCAGUGGAGGAGGAGAGGGAGGGGAGGAUGAUGUGGUUGCAGAGUGAGUUUGACAUGACAGGAUGUCUAACAAGAGUGGUCAUAGAAGAAGACGAGGACAAGACAAAGACAGAGGAACCAAAGACACAAGAGGUCGGUGUUGGAGAUGGGAGCGAAGAUUUACAAUCGGCUACAUUUAAAGGGAAAAGAGAAAUAAUUACUGAGACAAAAAAGGAGAUGAAAGACAUACAAGUCACCAUGGUGACUGAAGAGCAGGCUGCCAGAGAGGCCUCUGACGAAUCAAUUCAGGUGUCCAAACUGAGAAAGGACCAGAUGGAGGAUCAGGAGGUAAAGAGAGAUCAGACUGAGAGCAGCAAUGAUAAACCACUAACUGAAACUCAGCAGGUAGACAGUAAAGUAGAGAAAACAGAGGAGAGUGAGGAGCAUCAGAGAGAAGUGCCAGCAGAAACAACUAGUAUUAUUGAAACUGAGCAGCCAUGUGAGACACAAAAAGUGGUGGAAAAAACAGCUCAGGUGGUUUUAAAUGCCGCAGAGGAGACAGCUGUGGUAGCACCCGUAAGCAGUGACGCGCCUCACCUCAUCACUGAGAUGAGUUUGUCUGAGGUGGCAGCUACUGACACCAAGAUGACGGCUGAUAAUGAGAAAGACUUAACCGAGGCCAUAGCAGAGGCCUCAGCUGAAGUGAAAGAGACUGAAAGACAGGAAAUGCUCACCUCUAGUGAAAUAGAGACAUCCGCUGAAACAUCUCUGUGUGAGAAAAAAGAAGCAGCAGAAGUUGUUCCUGGGGAUGGUGCACCUGUUGAGGUCAUCACUGACUGUGAUUCUGCAGUACAUGCGUUAGUGGAGGUGAUUGAAAAAGCAGUGGAUGAAAAAGAGAUCCAAACUCAAGUUCAGAUUGAUCUUCAGGGGGCAAUAAGUGUUGAGACAACAGAUGCUCAAACAGCUGAAGGAGAGGAAAAACAUGGCGUUCUAACAGAGGAAACUGCAGUUGAGAGAAAGUCGCCUGAAUUCAUUACUGAAGGUGAUCAAGAGUCAGAAGUUAAAGCAGAGAUCUCAAGUGAAGUAACCGCACCUGUGAUGUCAGAUGAAGUAAAAAAAGAUUCAGAUAAAACAAGUAUUGAAUCCACGCAGCAUCAACAGGAGGAGUCAGUAACUGACAAUGAGCUGAUAACUGAAGCCAAAGAUAAAACACCCGCAGAGGACACUGGGACUGUUACUCAGGGGAUGGUGAAUGUGGGUGAUGAGUUAAUCAUCCUUGUCCCCAAAGGACAAGCUGUAGAGAUGGACUUAGAGAUCGGUCAGUUAUCAGAGAAGACUUCAAGUGAUGCAGUAGCUCUCUCUGACCCUGACAGCACAUGUGGACGUCUCAUAGCACCUGAAACCCCGACAACAUGCCCAGAGACUCUUCAGGCACCGAAUGAAGAAACGAUGACAGAGCCUCAACUAGAAGUAAAACCAGACGUAGUUCUGGAGGAAGACGCACUACCAAGAAACGAGUUAGACAGUAGGUACACUCCUCCAGCACCUGUGGAGGAGGCCUACACAGAUGAGCAGAAGAUGAAGAGGGACUUUGAGGAAGACGAGGGUGCAUUUUCCCCUCUGAGGAGCUUUACUGCCCAUGAGGAUUUGUCCGGGCUACACAGCGAGGAUAUUAAGUCAGGAGCAGCAAAUGUAGAACAACAGGCAGAGAUUCACAAGGUGGACGAUGCCCCAGAAACAAGCAUUGUCACAGAGCAUUCAAGUACAGAGAUUGAUCUGCACAGAGAGGAUGUAGAACAAAAGAUGGAGCAAGACGAGGCAGUUGCAGAGGCUCCAGAGGUGACUAUUGACGAGCUUGAAUAUGAGGUAAUAUAUAAACAAGAUGCCAAAGAGACGCCGGAACCUGAAACACAGAGAAAUGCAGAGGAACCAAAGCCUGAGUCUGGCCAGGAGCGAGAUGAGAGGAUGGAGAUGGAGGAGGAGGAGAAAGUCUUUGAUCUGUCCCCAGAUGAUGAGUUCAUAGAGGCUGACUAUGAGAUUAUCGAUGCAGAGGAAGAGAGUCAGGCUCGACUGGCUGCUGAGCUGCAGCAGAUGCACAGGUUCUGUAUCACCUGUGGAUGUUUGCUGUCAGAGGACGACUGUGUGUCUGGAGAGCAUCACAGCCACGAGGUUACUGCUGUGGACCAAGCCUACGAGGAAAUUAAGGAGAAGCUGGGUGACUGGAUCUCAGAGCUUCAGGGGAGGUCAGAGAACAUCGAGGACCUGGUGUCUGAGAUCGAACUGGCCUACAACUCUGUAGAGGACCAGUGCGUGGAGAGCGAGGCAGCGAUGCAGGCGCAGAAUGAGGAGAUGAUGGCUCUGGUGAUGGAGCAGUACAACGACAUGUCUGUCAGCAUGGAAGAGGAGAAGAAGGCCAAACUGGAGCAGCUAUAUGACCAGAUUGUCGCCUUCCAGGAGAGCAUCGACAUCGCCAAGGCCACUCUGGAGACCACGGCCAGAGAGGCCGAGACUGACGCACGGUCACCUGAAGACAUUAAUGCAAGUCUCAAGGCAGCUCUGGACUCAGCCAUGUCACUGGAGCUGGGGCCCAAGGGACUACUGGUGUUCGAGGACUACGCCAGGGGCAACACUUCUAGCCCUCACCUCGCACAGCGCAAGGGAAUCCCAGUGCCUCAGAGGCCUACGCUGCAGCCUCAGGAGCCAGGCUCAGCCACCAGCACCAGUGUCACUGUUUACUGGAUGGUCAACCCUGGAGAUAUCAUAGACUGCUUCCAAGUUUACUGCAUGGAGGAUCCACAGGGAGCUGUGUCAGAGGAGUACCGUGUGACAGUGAAGGAGAGCUAUUGUGCCCUGGAGGAGCUGGAGCCUGACAAGACCUACAAGGUGUGGGUGAUGGCUGUCAACUACACAGGCUGCUCUCUGCCCAGCGAGAGACUCUCCUUCAGAACUGCUCCGUCAGUGCCAGUGAUAGAAACGGAGCGCUGUACUGUCAUGUGGGAUUCAGCUACACUGCGUUGGAGCUCAGCAAAUCUGACUCCCGAACAGAGUUACACCCUGGAGUACUGCCGCCAGUAUGAACUAGAGGGAGAGGGGCUCAGGUCCAUCUCAGGUAUCAGAAGCUGCGAGCAGAGGGUUCUCCUGCAGCCCAAUGAAAACUAUCUGUUUUACAUCAAAGCUGUGAAUGAGUCUGGAGCCAGUGAACAGAGCGAGGCUGCCCUCAUCUCCACCAAAGGGACGAGGUUCCACCUGCUGAAAGCCUCAGCUCACCCCGCUCUGGAGCUGUCUGUGGACCAGACCACCCUGCACUACGACACACCAUCAACAGACAAACAGUGUCCAUCCAUCCUGGGUGAGCUGUUGCCGGCACAAGGACAUUACUACUGGGAGACCCUCGUGUCAGGAAGCACGGCUUACAGGCUUGGAGUGGCUUACGACACAGCCAAUAGAAACAGCCCACUGGGUGAAAACAACCUGUCAUGGUGUUUGCAGUGCAUCCCUACACCAUCAGGCUGCAGGUAUCAGAUGCUCCACAGUGACAUUCAGUCCAGUGUGUUUGUGAUUGAGGUGCCUGAGCGAGUUGGUACUCUCCUGGAUUACCAGCUCGGUCGCUUGUCUUUCUACAAUGCUCAAAGCGGUCAGCUGUUGGGCACUUUCUGCCAGCGCUUCACCCAGCCGUGCCACCCUGCUCUGGCCCUGGAGAUGCCGGGCAGCCUGGAGGUCAGCAUGGUGCUGGAGGUGCCGGAGUUUACCAUAGACAGCUAGCACUACUAUCGGCCUCGCACACUGAGGAGUUUACAGUUCAUGUUGGACUUCAUUGGAUUUGAAUGAUCUUAAUGUAUAAUGAUUAAAAUGACUUACUGCCUUACUGACAAAACUGCAGAUAAGACAAUGCAUAAAAUACAGAAACAGAUAUCCCACAGUAAAAGCAGAGGACAUAUUUCUACAUACAUGCCAUUCUUCUAUGGGUUUGUGUGUUUAUGUUAGAUCAAACCUAAUCAAUAGUGCAAUUAUUCUCUAAUUAACAGGAAAUCAAUUCAACGUUUAUCUCUUUUGUUAACAGCAAUGUCUUGUCUAAUAUCUUAUCGAACAUGUUUUGUAAAUACCAAAAACAAAGGCAGUGAACAUGAAUGAUGACGGUGUGAAAUACUGGAUUGAAAUUUAGUGCCUUCAAUUUGUUUCACAGGUGAGUGUCUUGUAUUGUAUUUUGCCAGGGGAGAGGUGAAAUGUUGUGGAUAUAACACAUGCUGAUGGGAUUGUUUUGUAAAUGUUCUUUGAUUUACUCUUUCUUUAAACCCUUACUUAUAGGUACUGUGAGGUGAGUAAAGGGUCUGACUGUAUACUUAAGUCGAACACUGAAUCGUUACUGAGACAAACAACAGUUAAAGCCCUUUGGCGACAGAGUUUAUAGUGCCGAGAAGCAUACGGUGGGACUGUUAAACUGUAUUUCAUAUUGUGGAUUUGUGUAAAUAACCUUUGUAAACAGAUGUGAUCUCAUCUAUAUUUUGUUAUGUGCCACAGCAGCAAGUGGAGAUGAAUUGUUUUCUUUUCUUUGUCUUGUAAACUGAUUUUAACAUCUGAGCUGAAUGAACAUAUUUAUUUUUCUAUUUGCU